CGCUGCGUUUAGAUUCCACAGGAGCGGCUCGCUUAAAGACUACAAGUACCAGGUGCCCAGCGUUGAGCGUUCGCGUACAGAGCACGGCUCGAUUUGUUUUGGUUUAUGCAGACUGAGCUUUGUCACUGGGAGCCCAUGUCCACAGCGGUACUUUGACCUGGCCGUUAAACAUUUUCGACUCGUUACGAAACCCCGGAUAAGCUCCUCCCCCGACGUCUGUAUCCCCCUCCCCCUUUUCAGGGCCGUCGCCUGCCUCGUAUCUCCGUUAUCGGACUCCAGACGCUGGCCUGCUAGUUAGCAAACAAGCUAACGAUUGCCAAAUUUCACCCAUGUCCUCUGAAGAAGGGCUGAGCUCAACGAUCACGGAUUGGCUUUUCAUCAAUUCCUGGUGGCUUCUCCUGCCAUUUGUCAUGCUUCUUGUGGUCGCCGCCUUCAUUGUUGCCUUUGUGUUGCUGCUGUACAUGAUAUCGCCUCUCAUCAGUCCCAAGCCUCUGAAGCUGAACGGGGCCCACGUCGUGGUGACAGGAGGCUCAAGUGGGAUUGGGAAAUGCAUUGCAAUUGAGUGCUACAGGCAAGGAGCAUUCAUCACUUUGGUGGCACGGAAUGAGGCUAAAUUGCUUCAAGCGAAGAAAGAGUUGGAGAAAUUUGCCAUCAAUGACAAACAGGUGGUGCUCUGCAUAUCAGUGGAUGUUUCCAGUGAAUAUAGCCAGGUGGAAAGUGUGAUAAAGCAGGCUCAAGAGAAGCUGGGGCCAGUUGAUAUGUUAGUGAACUGUGCUGGGACAUCCAUUUCUGCGAAGUUUGAGGAAAUGGAAGUGGACCGUUUUAAAAAACUGAUGGAAGUGAACUACCUGGGCAGCGUUUACCCGACACGAGCCGUCAUAACCACCAUGAAGGAGCGAAGAAUGGGCCGCAUCAUGUUUGUGUCCUCCCAAGCAGGCCAGAUCGGCUUGUUUGGAUACACUGCCUACUCCCCAUCCAAGUUUGCCCUGCGUGGCUUAGCAGAAUCGCUGCAGAUGGAGAUGAAGCCAUACAAUAUCUAUGUGACGUUAGCCUACCCUCCUGACACUGACACUCCAGGAUUGGCUGAGGAAAACAAGACAAAGCCUCUAGAGACCAAAUUAAUCUCUGAAACCUCUGGAGUUUGUCAACCAGACCAAGUGGCCAAAGUCUUUGUUCGGGAUGCAGUGCAGGGGAACUUCAACAGCUCUGUGGGACCGGAUGGUUACAUGCUAUCAGCCCUCACCUGUGGAAUGUCACCUGUAACCUCCAUCACAGAGGGUCUCCAGCAGAUUGUUACCAUGGGAUUAUUUCGGACCAUCGCCCUCUUCUACCUGGGGAGUUUUGACAGCAUUGUGCGCCGCUGCAUGAUUCAGAGGGAACAGUCGAAAGCAGCUGAUAAGAGGGAGUAACAGCAGCGUAACCUUUUUCACAGCCCAGUGCACCUCCUCCUCCUCCUCCUCCUCACCACACCCCUCCCAUCCCAGCCCCUCCUACAGCUCUACAAAUGCACAACUCUAGGUGGGGGAAAAGGCCACGCUUUUGGUGCAGUUCUGAUAUCAACAGAUGGGAUCAAAGAAAGUGGCAGAUGUUUACUCUUUGCUUGUCCGUUGAUGUAACUCCUCCAUAGACUUGAGUCAUUUUUAUUUUUCAAUCCUCUCAGAGCAUUCCAGUGACUUUCUUUAGUUUCGUGUGUCCACCUGCUCCUUUUUGUGGAAGCAGCCUUACAUGAAAAGAAUGGGGGUAGACCAAACAUCCCACAGCCUGGUUUUAAAGUUAGUAGGCUUUGUGAACCACUGACUAGAUGUCAGGCUUCCUUGCACAGUGCUGCUUUUUGUGGGUUUUUUGCGGGUUUUUUGCACAGAGAGAAAAAGCAACAGAUAGCCUGUCCGACCGGUUGUGCCAAAUAUGGCUUAUAGUUCCCUCCCACCAGGGGCUAUAGUGAAAACCAGAAUAGUUACUCCCAGCUUUUGACAUUUUGUUUCAUGUACUGUAUCACCAAACUAGGUCCACCUUGUAGUGAUUUCAGUUUUCACUAAAUAAGGCCCUUCCUUUCUACCUUUUCAUACCACACAUCUUUGCUGGCAAAGCACCUAACUUUUUGAAUGAAAACCCCUCUCUCUCUUUGAAACCAGUUAUGACCCACAGUGUUUUGUUUAUGUAGAGGGAUGUUUUGUUUUUGUGCUCUGUGUGUGAACCAAGCCUAGAUGUGAGGCAGCAGUAAUCUGCAGUAAUAUCAGAGAAAGGGAACAAGAGCAUGUGAUGGGUUUUUUUUCUUCAUUUAUUUGUCUAAUGCAAAUACAUAAUUUCCAGAAAAUGGGGUAUGGGGAAAGAUAUUUUUCAGUGUGUGUGUUUUGUGUGUUUUGCUGUGACUGAGCCAAACCCCUGGGGAGAGAAAAGCCAUUCGAUUUUUAUCGUCUCGUGAUUAAACUAUCCAAAUCAUUUUUCUCGGCAUCCACUCUUAAUUAACUGAGAAAGAAAAGCAGGUAUAAUGGGUUGAAGCCAUGAAAUCAAGAGAUGAGUGAAAACGGGACCAGCACAGGUUAAUACAAUUUCCACCUGUGAAAUACACCUUUUUUCAUUUAAUAUGUGAAAAGAAGCGUAUUAUUUUUACAUGCAGUUUUCUGUGACAGUGCACAUAUUCAGCUACCCCAGCCAGUCAAGAUCCAAGUGGGAUCCAUAAUUUGUUCGGGCGGUGUGAGUCAGGGCAGGGCAAGACUUGCUGGUUCGAGUCAUGUCCCUGUAGGGCCAGUGAGGGCGCUAGAGAUUUGUUUUACAUAAAGGCCAGAAAUGGUAGAGAGACUUGUCCAUCUUAUUUUGACCUGCUGUCACCAUGUCACGCAAAGCUGGGACUCAGCAGCUCCUUAACUGACAAUAUAUAUUCCCACCUUGAAAAACCUUGUAUUAACCACACAUGUUAACAUAUGUUUUGCAUAUAGAGGGAGAAGAAGUACAGCGUCGACUCUUGCAAGUCUUCCUUCGGCCCGCCACUAACGGGGAGAAUGUACUUUAAUACAAAGCAUACAAAUCAGAACAUAUUAUUUUUUAAAUACACCAAUAUCUGAAUGCCAAAAUGUGUUAAGACAAUUUCUGUAGCUGGAAUGCAUUUAUGUGAGAUUUAUUUUGAUGUUGCUGCUCUGUUGAUGUUAGAGUUAGUUUGUUAAAGCUGUGGAGCAGUGUGGGGACCCAUUCUAAGCCUUAAGACGUGACUACUGGUGAAGCUAAUGCUAAAGAAUGGAACUGUCCACAGAACAUUGUGACUUACCCCACGUGUGGUUUACCAGUUUAUUUCAUACUUAAUCUUUAAUAUUUUUCAGUGUAAAAAUGCCAGUUGUUUUUGUGUUUUGUCAAUUUCCAGUCUUUGUAUGACAAAAAGAAGCCUUAUGGUAAUCCAAGUUAUGAAAGUGAGAAUGGAUGACUUAUGUUUGAUGAUGUUCUCAUUUGAAAUUGGUGAAAGGCAUACUGUCCUGCACUCAAAGAGCUUUUCAUAAUUGUGCAUUUAUUGCUUUCAAAAGUUGUCUUUUACCUUGAGGUAGCAACACAUAGCUGAUAGAACAUGUAGCCCAUAUACAAGCAGUUUUGUUUGAACCUUUAAGCUAUGCAAAUAAAGCCUUUGCUUACGAUACGUUUGAACAUAGUCAAGAUUUAGGUUCUGUAACAGUCACGCUAGUUUCCCUUAUUUAACGGUGUCGUCAUCGGAUACUAAAUAUGAGUAUUGAACAUGAAAGUCAUAAUGCACUCUUCUGUUUCAUUAUUCUUUCUUGCUUUUUACUUGUUUUCUGCCAAAAAACUUAACACCUUCACCUUGUGUGCCAUUGAGAGAAAAUGUGAGAAGUGGAACGUUUCUUUGUCUUAUUUUCUUACAUGAUAAGAAAAAAAAAAAAAUACUUGUGAAGAAAAAAAAUAAUAAAAAAUCUU